UGUUUUCGUGCAUUUUCCAGCUGAAAAAUCGUUUUUCUCGCAGAUUUUCAUCAAUUAAAAAAGAUUAAAAAAUUAGAAAAAAAUAUUUAAAUUUUUCCCGAAAAAUUUGAUUAAAAAAAAUUAAAAAAAUAAUCAGUGAAUUAAAAAAAAUUAGUGUUGACUCAUUUAUUGCGAAUUAUCAUGCAAUAAAUUAAAGAAGAAAAAAAAUAAAAACAAACAAAUUAAAGUGAUAAGAGAUAAGAAUAAAAAGGUUUCCGAUUUCAUAAAGCGAUCUAAAUAAAGUGACACAGAUCAUUAACAUUAAUUUAAAUAUUUGAACAAGCUGUGUGUUGUUAUUAAAAUAUUGGCGAGUCCAAAAUUCAAGGGUAUUAAAAAAGAAUCGAAAAAAAAUCGAAUGUGUUUAUCAAAUAAAAUAAAAAUAAAUUAAACCAGUUUAUCGAAAAUUAAAUCCGAAGUGACAUCAAUUUCAUUUGAUUCCAAAAAAAAAAGAGAUUAUUAAAAAAAAUAAGAGAAAUAAAGUAGUAAUUCGCAAAAAAAAUCACAAAGUGUAAUAAAAAAAAUUAUUGCGGAAGAAAGAGAUAAGAUAAGAUAAAAAAAAAUCGAUCGAAGUUAUCGAUAGUAAUUAUAUUGUCCAAGUUUUUAUCGCAAGUGACAACAUAAGUGCAGCUGCGAACGAAGAAAAUCGCUCCAAACUAAUAAAUAAAACAUAAAACGUUACACAACACAUUGAUUGGAUACUUCCUUUAAACAUUCAACACUCAUAUUUGUUAUUUUUUUCAUAAACUGGAGCUGUUUAGUAGUGAAUCAGCAUAAUAAUAUAUCAUUAUCGGAAUUGAUCUGGACAGCAUCUUUUUUUAGAUUCGGUCAUUCUCAAUAACUAUUGACGCGCCGACAAAUUAUAUUAUGAAGCAUUAAAUUUCGAAUGACCAUUUUUGUUGUUGUUGAAGCAUCGUCGUUGAUAAGGAAACGUUCUUCUUUUAUUUUAAAUGAGAUCCAAAUGACAAUCCAGUAGAUGAUACAAAACAAUUGACAUCGCUAGAACGAAACAAGUAAUUCAAAGUAAACCAGAGAACAGAAAAAAACGGACAAAAAAUGUCUACCACAUCAAUUAUAAUAUCAUCAAUUAUCUGUGCAGUUUGCCUAAUUGAUUUAACUUUAGCUGCAUCCAAAAGUGUCUUUAGAGUAAAAUAUUUCGGCAACACGCAGCAACUCGUGACAUCUGACACACUUGCAUGGGAGCCCUAUUCCGGCGAUGAGCAACAGCUAAAAUAUGCCGUGAAAGGCGCCUCUUAUUACACAGCAAUUUCCGACACGGGCGUUCCCGUUUACGUUUGCCGGAAUCUCGUCGAAGGCAUUGCGACAGCGGGAAAAACUCGCGUUCACGCAAACGGUCGAACAGUGUGCGAAGUCUCAACGUCGUCGGAGAUCAGAACACAUCCCGUCUUUGAAAUUCUCAUCAAUCGAGGACAUGGGGCGAAAUUAACGUGGAAACCAUGGUCGAAAUUCAGUGGGCGCGUACCUUUGGGAGCAGUUAGUGUGACGUAUACGGGACACAUUGAGGACCAAUAUGUUGCACGUCACAAAGUCAACCCACUCAAAGAAGAUCAAUCACACAUUUUGGGAUGGGACUAUCUCGUGGGAAAACUCGAUCCCAAUAUUGGACUUGGAAAAAUCGUUGUCAGUGACUCCGAACGAGUAUCGGAUCACGAUGAAGGAGAAGUCCUAAUUGAAACCGAACCCGUGAGAUACGAGCUUCGCCGCAUCAAAAUCGACAAAUACCGACGUCGGGAGAGCUUCAAUUCGACUGUUUUGGCAACAAAAACGUUGGAAAAUCCACAAGAUAUUGAAUCACUCGUUGAAUCCGUGUUAUCUUACGAAUUUAAACAAGAAGAAUAUUGGGGAAAAAUUGAUGGAGUUGCCAUUGCUUUGCCAACAGAAGUACACGAAACGACUUUCCCAACCACUAUUCAAUGGGCCAUCAAAAAAUCACAAACUAUUUUCGAAACCAAGGAAGUUCGUGAAAACUUACCUCCAUUUACCGCUGUGAAUGUCACCAUCAUUGGCAAUUACACACGACUUGAAGCCCCAUACAAAGCCACAUUAAUUGCAUACUACGCUGACAACUCUGACGGCAUUUCCCGCAAAAUCGAGGGAAUGGUACAAAAGGCAGAAAUGGCUGAUGUCGUUAUCGAAUACGGACCAAUUUACUGGACACGCAACAAUACUCUUUAUCCGACAACAACAACUACUACCACGACGACAACAACAACAACUACAACUCCCAAAAGUACGACGUCGAAAAAAGUAAAUCCACGCUUCGAUGAUACUUUUGAAAAUCUGGAAGACGAGGAAAAUAUCAUAAAUCACAAGGAACAACCGAAAAAUGCUCCAGUUUUGGGAAAUGACGCCAACUCUGCUGCAAGCGUCUCAAUCAGCAUAGCAGUGAUGUUAACUACAGUAUUACUGAAAAUGUGUAUAUGAAAAUUCUGUCGACUUUAUUAAUUUUUUUAAUUACGAAAAAAAUGAGAAAAAUUCUAAGUUUAGCUAAAAAAUUUAAUUAUUUAAAACUAACAUUUCCAGAAAAAGUCAAAAAGAAUUUAUUUCUCUUUAAUUUUUAAGAUUAAUGUUUUAUAUAUAUCAAUCAAUGUACAACGUUGUAACAAGUAAAAAAAAAAAACUUUAACUGUAAAAACAGUGUUGAACACAAAAAAAAAAUAAUUUUAAAAUAUUUUUUAAAAAAUCUAUCAUAUUACCGCCAAAUUGCUGAGUCUCUUGCUCGAACGGAUUAGCACAAAUCAGCUUUUGUAAAUAAAUUAAAAUUAAAUUAAAUUAAAGAAGAAUGAAAUUAGUUACUCAUUAAAAACCAAUUAUUAAAUAGCUACAAACAAUAAAAUAAA